AUGUCGCAAAAAUCAUUCGAGGCUCAGUCCACUCCUCGAAACGAGCUCCUGACAUACAUCAGAAGCUACGAGCCUUAUGUCGACUGCGACAAUGAACCCUUCAAGCCCCCUCCAUCGGAAGCAGCGUGUGAUAAGGUGCUUUCCUACCUACCCGCGAGCACAAGGAAUAGGCCAUUUCGUACUCAAGAUGGUCCCCGCGAACGUAAUGGAAUCGUUCUUCCGAGAGUGACUACUGACAGGCAGGUUCCCACUUCCUGCAUAAUCGUCGUCAGCAUGACGCCCAGCAAGUUCGGGACCAAGGCGAAGUGGUUCGAAAUCUGGGCGGCCGGUGUUCCGGUCAACACGAUGUGUAUCCAGCAUGGCUUCUCCGGCGAUAAUGAACAAAUCAACAUCUUCCUCAGCGCUCAGAAUGAUCCGUCUGGUCUGACGCUGGGAGGGAAUGUUACGACAUCCUAG